UCAAUCUGAGUUUUCUGAUUGUCUUGUCUAUAAAUAGUAACGAUGGGAAAAUAUUAAUAUUAAAGCCACAAUCAUCAAUUCACCAAACACAACAACAAUAGUAGUAACAGAAGAAAAAAAACAUUAUGAGUACUGAAAAUCUACAAGAUAGAAAACACUAUGUUCUUGUUCAUGGUGCUUGCCAUGGAAGAUGGAGUUGGUACAAGGUGAAGUCAAUCAUAGAAUCUUCUGGUCACUUGGUCACUGUAAUAGACCUUGCUGCUUCUGGAAUCAACUCGAAGAAAAUUGAAGAUGUUGAUACAGUUUCAGAGUAUUCUCAACCUUUGUUGGAGCUAAUGGCCACAAUUCCUAGUAAUGAAAAGGUGAUUCUUGUGGGUCAUAGUCUUGGAGGACUUAACAUAGCACUUGCCAUGGAACAAUUUCCAGAAAAGAUUGCUGUUGCUGUUUUCUUAACUGCUUUUCUUCCUGAUAUUCAACACAAACCAUCUUAUGUCUUGGAAAAGUAUAUUGAGAGUGUCCCUGCGGCUGAAUGGUUGGACACUGAAUUCUUCGAGAGUGGAAACAAAACAGCAAUGUUCUUUGGUCCCAAAUUCUUGUCCGAUAAGCUCUAUCAAUGCUCUUCCGCUGAGGAUCUUGAAUUGGCCAAGAGUUUAGUAAGGCCAGGGUCCCUCUUUGUGGAAGAUUUGACUCAGCAAAACAAGUUAUUCUCGAAACAAGGUUAUGGGUCAGUUACAAGUACUUUUAUUGUUUGCAAUGAAGACGUUGCAAUUCCAUUGAAAUUUCAACUCUGGAUGAUCCAAAAUGGUGGCAUUAAUGAUGUAUUUGAGAUCAAAGGCGCAGAUCAUAUGGCUAUGCUCUCUAAGCCACAAGAACUAUGUGAUUCUCUCUAUCAGAUAGCUACUAAAUACGCAUGAGGUUAUGGAAUAGCCUUUGGCUUUAUUUAUUGCAUUUCAAUUUUAUUUGUGUUCGAAUAAAGGAAUAUCCCCCGCACGUUUGAAACUGUGAGACACUUUAUUGGAGAAGUUGCAUGCAUUGCAACUUCUAUUUAUUCCUCCAGGCAUAUAUGUUAUAUAAAACUUACUUCAUAAGUUUAUGGAUAAUAUAAGGUUAUGUUUAUGAGUA